AUAUUAUAAAUUGAUAUGAGUUAAUAAAUAUUACAUUAAUAUAAUAUUAUUUUAUUUUAUUACUACUAAAUAAAUAAAUCGUUGUUUAAAUAAUAUCAAUACUUAAUAUAUAAGUUAAAAAGAAAAACAAGAUUAGUUAUGGGUAAAAAAAAAGGAGCUAGUGGUGGACAUAAUUUUGGACGUGCAUUAAUUAAAGACAGAUUUGGUCGUACUAAUAGAAAUUUAAAUCCUGAUUCAUUUUUGCAUACUUCUGAAUUGGCUGAUGGGUAUGAAUGGGGCAGACUUAAUUUACAAUCUGUUACUGAACAAAGUUCAUUUGAAGAGUUUUUGUCUACAGCUGAGUUAGCAGGGACAGAAUUUACUGCAGAAAAAUUAAAUAUUGAAUUUGUACCUGAAACGCGUAUGGUGGGCACAUUAACAAAGGAAGAACGAUCCAAAAUUGAGUUAACUCAUAAAGAAUUUAAUCAUUUCAUUAAAAUUCCUCGCAGACCACAGUGGGAUGGAAAAACUACUCCUGAAGAAUUACAAACAAAAGAAAAACAGAAUUUUCUAGAUUGGCGUCGUAAAUUAGCUGAGCUUCAGGAAGAAAAAGGUUUAGUUUUAACUCCAUAUGAAAAAAAUUUAGAUUUUUGGAGACAGCUUUGGAGAGUUGUAGAAAGAAGUGAUGUUUUAGUACAGAUUGUUGAUGCACGUAACCCUUUACUCUUUUAUUGUGAUGAUUUGGAAAAAUAUGCUAAGGAAGUAGAUAAAACAAAAACCAACUUGUUAUUAUUAAACAAAUCUGAUUUAUUAACUUUAAAUCAAAGAAAAUAUUGGGCAAAAUAUUUUGACUCUAGAGCAGUAUCUAUUGCAUUUUAUUCUGCUAAACAAAAUGCAGAAACUAUUGAAGAAGGGGAUGAGGAAGCCAAUGAAAAAUGUGAAGAAAUUGAAGAAGAAGAAACAGAAGUUAUUGAAGAAGAAGAUUGGAAUAGUUCAGAUUAUGAAACUGAUGAAGAAGAAGAAGUAAUUGGUGAUAAUUAUGAGGAAUGUCCAAAGUUUAAAAACUCUUAUAAUUUGUUGUCAAAAGAAGACCUUAUUACUCUCUUUAAAAAAAUACAUGGAAACAGAAAACGUACUUCUGAAGAGUAUGUUACUAUAGGUCUAGUGGGCUAUCCAAAUGUUGGUAAAAGUUCUACUAUCAAUACAUUGUUAGCAAAUAAAAAAGUAUCAGUAUCCUCUACUCCUGGAAAAACAAAACAUUUUCAGACACUUUUCGUGGAUAAAGAACUAAUGUUAUGUGAUUGUCCUGGAUUGGUAAUGCCUAGUUUUGUAUUUACAAAGGCUGAUCUUAUUGUCAAUGGUAUUCUUCCUAUUGAUCAAAUGAGAGAUCAUAGACCUCCAGUUAAUAUGAUAUGCUCACAAAUACCAAGACAUAUAUUAGAGGAUCAAUAUAGUAUAAUGGUCACAAAGCCACUAGAGGGCGAAGAUCCAGAUCGAGCACCUACUGCUGAUGAAUUUCUUAAUGCUUAUGCUUGUAGCAGAGGAUACAUGACAGCUAAUGGUCAACCAGAUGGCUCAAGAGCAGCUCGUAUAAUUUUGAAACAUUAUGUAACAGGGCGAUUACUAUAUUGUAUUGCUCCACCUGAUAUUGAUCAAUCAAAGUUUCACUCUUUUCCACCGCCUGAUGAAAAUAGAGCCAUGAAAACUUUCACUCCUUUUGAAAAUGUACUCCUUAAGCCUAAUGUAAUGUCUGGCUCUGAUCUUGACCUGAUGUUUUUUCAAAAAGUUUCUAUGGGAGCACAUAGUAAAGGAACAAAAAAAGUUGAUAUAAUGGGUAAUAGUAAUAACCAGUCUCAACCUGGUCAGUCAAAACCUUGGAAAAACCACAAAGAAAAAAGAAAUAAACAUGAAAAAUUGAGACGUCAGUUUAGACAUCUUGAUAUAUGAAUUGAAUUUUUUUUUAAUAAAUGAUAUACAAUUGUGAUACAUAUAAAAUGUUCUGCUUAAGGAACAUGUAUAUAUUAUUAAUUUGUUAAGAUCUCAUACUAAAAUAAAGAUUUUAACAAAUAACAUUUAA